CGGGAGCCCUCUCAAGCCCGACCCCCGACGCUGACAACUAAUUCGUCCACCGAGGACGCUCCUCUGACCAAGAAGCAGAAAGACGUGGCUUCUUCCAAGGACACGGCCUCAGCGAGCGCGACGAGGUCUUAGUCUCCUCACAUGACAGAUUUCGGGAACCCUUCUCUGGUCAAGGUGGCAUUCCCUCCCCGCCACUCGUUUUUGCAAGGUGACUACGAUCCACAGCAGUUCUUGCGGAGCUUCGUCCCUCCCCCCGGUCGGCAGGUUCUCCGGGGGUUCGACAGGGACGAGGUGUCAUGUGCCUUCUUGCGGGAGUUGGGCUCGAUACAGUGGCCCGAGGACGAGAAGGCUAAGGUCGACGAAGAGGUUCACAAGUUGCAGGGCCGAGUAACCACCCUAGAGGGGGGACUUGGUGCAGCAGAGGAGCGCACCCGGGUUGCCGAGGAGAGAGCACGCAGGCGGAGGAGGCUGGCCUUGAUCUACCAUGACCAGAAAUUCGCUGGUAGCAGAAUAGACAUAACCCUCGGGGUGAACGGGGUCACCAUCCUCAAGAUCAGAUCAGUUGGCUCUAUUCCAGAAAUGACUGUUGAUGGUUGUAGAGGGGCCGGAGAGGACAUCCGGGACGAUUUUCCGGUGGGUAUGCGCAUUCUUGCUGUCGAUGACGACCCCGUUUGCUUGAAGCUCUUGGAAAAUAUGCUCAGCAAGUGUCAAUAUCACGUAACCGCAACAAAUCAAGCAAGAGUGGCGCUGAAGAUGUUGAGAGGGAACAGAGACAAAUUUGACUUGGUUAUAAGUGAUGUCCAUAUGCCUGACAUGGAUGGCUUCAAACUGCUAGAGCUUGUUGGUCUUGAGAUGGACCUUCCUGUCAUUAUGUUGUCGGCGAAUGGUGACACCAGGCUUGUGAUGAAGGGAGUUACUCAUGGUGCUUGCGACUACCUGGUGAAACCUGUGAGGAUUGAGGAGCUGAGGAACAUCUGGCAACAUGUAAUCAGGAGAAAGAAGUUUGAUUCCAAAAUUACCCAGAGCAACUCGUCUGGUCGGGAUCAUCAUCACUGUGGAAGUGAGGAAAGUGGACUGGUGGGGGACCAGUCAUCUGCUUCUGCUGUUCAUCAUCACAAUGAAAAACUCAACCAUAAGAGGAGAAAGGAUGAGAAGCAAGAAGGAGAGAGUGAUAAUGGAGAGGAUGAUGAAGAAGACCCAUCAACACAGAAAAAGGCUAGAGUCGUCUGGCGUCCAGAACUUCAUAGGAAGUUUGUUGCAGCCGUUAAUCAGCUGGGCAUUGAAAAAGCUUUUCCUAAGAACAUUCUUGAUCUGAUGAAUGUUGAAGGGCUUACUCGAGAAAAUGUCGCCAGCCAUCUCCAGAAGUAUAGGUUAUACUUGAAAAGGAUCAGUUUGAUUCAAACUCCCUAUGGAAGCAUCCCGGCUGUGUUUGGUGACAAAGAUUCUGCUUAUAAUAUUCGGAUGGGUUCACAGGAUGGGUUCAGAGACCUUCACACAUUGGCUGCACCUGGACAAUAUAGCCAUGCUAAUACGUUCUUAUCAUCAUCACCAUAUUCAUUUAGUAGGCUUAAUACAUCUGCUGGUGUGAGCCUUCAAAACCUUAACUCAAUCGGUUUGCUCCAACCAAGUCCCGCCCAAACUUUAGGCAACCUCACCCUUGAUCGUCUGGGGAAGUUGAACUCGAAUGGCCAAAGCUCAAUUAGUUCUUUCCUAGGCACUCCGUCACUGGAGCUUGACCACGUCCAACACAGUAAGUUUACCACAAGUGUACUGGGCCACAAUCAGUUGGGCAACUCAAGGCUUCUUACAGCUAGUAGUAGUACAUGCACAGGCUCUGGAUCUUCUAUGGGCAACUCAAUCAAUACUAUGCUUCUUCAAAGGAACUCCCAGUAUGGACAGAAAAGGGAAGGGUUAGGAAACCCAAAUUCUUUAUGGUCUGAUCCAUUAAGUAAGGACGCUUCUAACUUCCUUGACCAUGGAGGAGGAUCAAAUGAAACUCUGCAGAAUCCUGCUCUGGUUUCAAACGUGCAGUCAAACCACCCUUAUUUAUUGACAGAAGCUUUUGGUCUCAGCAGCCAGUUGAGUAAAAAUAAAGAUGGAUGGAAUUAUUCUACAGCCGACCCUCACUCACCGGGCAGCCCUCUUCUUUGUCAUUCUUCUACUGCCUCUGCUUCUAUGCUUCCUGAAGAGGGCAUGGGGGGUUUAACACCAAACCAUGAAGCUCUCACAGACAAUCAGAUACCUAGCCUACUGUGGGAAGAGCAUGAAAAGAAUCACAACUUGACUAAUGGUAUCAGCAGUUCAAGCUCUGGUAAUGACAUGAUGCCUUUUAUUAUAAGCCAGGGUGUUGACCAGAAUUACGAUGUCUUCAACAGAAGGAUGGAUACAUCUUUAAUUGGUCAACCAAAUGGAGGCUCUUCGGUUCACCUUCAAGACUCGAGGGUGAGAAGCAAUGAAGACUACCUUUUGAACUCUGCAAAGACACUGCUUAAUAAUGGCUCUCAGGGUAGUGAAUCUUUUGGUGAUUUAAUGGAUGCAAUACUGAAGCAGGUAUGACUUCCAGAAUGUGUCUCUUUUGUUCUUGAUAUAUCUGAAAUAGCAUUGUUUGAACUGUGUGAACAGCUAAUAUAAAUGGAUAUGUCAUAUAACUUGUAAAUAGCAGCAGGCCCAUUGUUUUUUCUAAAAACAAUGUUGAAUAAAACCGGUUGGAAUUUUCACGACAUUAUUAAACAAAAAAAGGUUUGGGUGGUUU